UGUGACUGGUGCGCAUGAACAAAUUCGAGUUCUCCAGCAUUUUUUCCUAUUUUAUUCUAAUUUUCCGUUUUCUCACAAGUAAAUUUUAAUUAACAAUAAAAAAAAAGAAAAGACUACGAAUUACUCUAAUUACUCUAAUUAAUUAGAAUUACCCCUCGAUAAAUAGAAAACCAAAUGACACUAUGCCAUAACCUCGAAACGCACGACUUCCAAGUUAUAAAUAAUCUCAAUUAAUUCCCAAAAUACAUAAAUAAAUAAAUAUUAAUGAAUAAUUAAAAUGGAGAGAAACGACAGUUUGAAAUCUUUCGUAUCAUCAGCUAAGGAGUACCUGAAUAAUCCUAAUGAUACUUCAACAGCAGUUCUUCAACGAGAUCUCGGAGUCUUGACAACUCUCCAAGACCUAUUGGUCUUCACUCCAGGAUCUCCACUAGCUUCAGACUUCUACGAGACCCUCUACACCUUGACCUCGAAGCUGGCACCGAUGGAUCCGCUCCUGUGGAGUGUCCUGGACCUCCUCCAGGCCCUAUCCACCCUUCCCACCGCCCUGAACUCUCUCAUCCACAUCUACAAAUUUCCCCAGCUGCUCUCCCCUUUCCUCUCCACAUCCCUCAUCCCCGAGAAACGAAUAAAAUUGCUGAAGCUCUUGAAACGAUUAACGAGAGGUAUAAAAUUCCACUGGCAAGAGUCUCAUCUUCCAGCUCUCAUCCAGACCCUCACCCAGUGGAUAAAUCCCUCCCAAGACCCUGAACUCAUAACGAGUUCCCUCGGACUUCUGAUAAAUCUAUGCAGAAAAAAUCCACCAGCAAUUUACACUCUAGUCGAAUCAGUGAACAGCAAAAAAUUUCACAGGAAUCUUCUCCGACUGCAGACCAAUACUCCGAAAAUAAAAAUCCUCUGUUGUGAAAUUCUUUUAAUCAUGGAAGACACUAAUUACGAAAUUCCAGAGCAGUUCAUCCUUAAUUUCGUGGAGCUGACAUUUAAAAUAAUCGAGGAGACCCUCGAGGAGAAUGAUUUCAAAGUCCUGAAUGAGGCUGUGGAAUUCUUCGAGGAGGUCAGGUGCCACGAAAAGACGAGAAAUUAUCUCAUCAAUUACGAGAAUUAUACAAAAAAUUUGAAGGAUGUCCUUGAAAAGCUGGAGGGAAAGUGUCCUGAAGCUGUGGAGAUUAUUUCCAAGUUCUUCACGUCCAUCCUCAAGUUGAAAAUCCCAGGAAUUUUUCAGUUUCACCCACAGCUGACGGGAAUUGCUCUGAGAUGUUUGAAAAAAUUCAGGAUCUCCAUCAGCAGUCUUUCCCUCCUGAAGACUGUUGUCGUGGACUCCCGGAGAAACAAGAGCUCGGAUAUUCUCUCAGUACCUCAAAUAGACUUCGUGGUGUCUCUGAUGACAUCUGAGGACAUCCUGGAGGAUGAUCUCCGGGCGAUUGAGGUGAUCCAGUUGAUCCAGGAGUUGACGAAAAUCUCGAAUUACAGAAUGCACGUCAGUCAGUCUGUGCCAGAGCCCAGGAUCAGGGAAAUGAUGAAGAAAAUCGACGAUGAUGACCCCAAGAAAAUCAUAAAAAACAUCUCGACUCCUCUCUACGUAAAUCUUCUCUGUCUAAUCUCGGAUUUGGCUACAUCAGACUCCAAAUGGCUGACUCUCUACACUGAACUCAUUCAGAACAAAAAAAUUCAAUUGAUUUUCGCUGUCUCCAUAUUGAGAAGCGACUUCGAGACGAAAUCCAAGACACUGUCUCUGAUUUCUUCAGUUGGAUUCAAUCAGGAAUGCAUUCUGGGUGUGACUAAAUCUCUCACUGAUCUGGAGAACAUUCUGCUCAUAGAAAAACCCCUGGAGAUAUCGAAUUUGGAGCAGAAGGUCGAGGACUUUGAGAAGCCAAGGAAGCUAUCUCUCGAGGACUUGCAGAGACUUGAGAAAAUUCUGGAUAAAUACCAGGAGAAAAUCGCUAAUAAUCAGAUGGAGAAUGUUUUGAUGACUGAAUUGAUGGAGUUGUAUGAGACCAAGAUGAAUGGAAUGAGAAAAUCAGAGGACAAUUUGCGGAGAAGUUUGAUAUCUGCUGAGAAAAAUGGUGUUUUCCUCCAGCACAAGAUAUCCUUUAUGACCUCUGAAUUGGGAAAACUCCACGAGCUACUGUUUUCUUCACAGAAAAACGUGGAGAUUGUUCAGAGCGAUAACUACAAUCUGCAUCAGAGAUUCGCUGAAGCUGAGAGGGACAGCAAGAAGAUCCACGAGAGUCAGAGGAUGGAGAUUCAGGGAUUGAGGAAAAUUGUGGCUGAGAAGUCCAAGAGUAUUGAGGAGUUCUCUGAGAUCAAGAGAGAAUUGGAAGAUGCUCUCGAGAGGAUUGAGGGACUUGUGAAAAAAAUGAAGGAGGUGGAGGGAGAGAAGGUGGGGCUCAGGAAAGAUAACGAGGAAUUGGUCGAUAAAAAUAGGGAAUUGGGGAAAACCAUUGGGAAAUUGCAGGAGAGUGUUGCCAAGAGGGAGCAGAGGAUUCAGGAGAAGGACAGGGAAAAUGAGGGCCUUAUGGAGGCCAUGGGGGCACUCAAGCAGGAAAGUGCACAGCUGAUGAGACAGUGCAAGAGUUAUGAGACUGCUAUUGCUGAGAAGGAAGAGACUAUCAAGAAGUUGGAGACUGAGUUAACGGAUUUAAGUAGAAUGAGGGACAUGAUUUAUUCACUCACUGCUCAGAAAAAAGAUGCUGGUCAGAAUGAAACUUCUUGAUGAAAGAAAAUGAAAAAAAAAUAUUUUUAACCCUCCAUUUGAAUUUCUUCGAUAUUUUUCAGACAAUUUGACGUUUAAUCUAGAUUAUUCCCAUUUUUUUAUAAGGAAAACGACGAAAAUUGUAAUGUUAAUGUAAUUAUAAGACUGGAAAUGCUUGAAUAAUUCAGUUUUAGGUACGACAUCAUUUUUACAAUUGAAAAUUCACAUUUAUAAGGAUUUUGUAAUUUUGUAAAAUAAAAACAUUAUUAAGACAUGA